AUGGCCGAUCAACUGGCUCGGCACGACUCUGUUUUUGCCAAGAUCGACUCCCUAUGCUCUACAGUUCAGCACCACUCCGAAUCCUUUGAAGCCAUCCGCAAGAGUAAUUCAGAAUCAUUCGAUCUCUUGCGUACCUCUAUGGCCUCUCAACAAGCAGUCAUGGCGGAGAUGAUGGUCAAGUUACAGCAGUUGGACAAGCCCUCCACCCCAUCACCCCAGCCUCAUCCGCUUCCAUUACCAACAUCCCCUCCAUUACCAAUGUUUCAGUCCCAUCUUCCAUUCACUCCACCAUCUCUCCACCCCCCUGGCUCUAUAUCUCCUCCUCGUUUGCCUAGGAUUGAGGUUCCCCUGUUCACGGGCGAGCAUGCCCUCAGUUGGUUGUUCCAAAUCAACCACUACUUUCAUUUUCAUCAAAUUCCUGAUGAUCAUCGCAUCGCCAUGGCCGCUUUCUACAUGACAGGGCAAGCUCUUCAGUGGUUUCAAUGGUUGUAUUCCACUUCCCAGUUGUCUCAUUGGGACGAUUUUGUUCGGAAGUUGGAAUUGAGGUUUGGACCAUCAUCUUUUGUGAAUAACGACGCCGCACUAUUCAAGCUUCGACAAAUGUCCACCGUCACAGAUUACUUGAAUGAAUUUGAGUGUCUCUCUACUCGUGUCACUGGUUUGAAUGAGGAAAAACUCCUUAACUGCUUUCUUUCAGGUCUUCGUGAUGACAUCCAACGGGAGUUAUACAUAUUGAAGCCUGGAAAUCUCCACGACGCUAUGGGCAUGGCGAGAUUGGUGGAGGAUAAAUGCAAUGCUGGCCGUUCUCUGCAACCCAGGUUGACGUGGCCAAAACCACCUCCACAACUUUCUCCUGCACCGAUCAAUCGAACAGCACCCUUGCCGAUCAAGCGACUCUCCCCGGUAGAGAUGGCAGCAUGGAGAGAGAAGGGAUUGUGCUUCAAUUGUGACUCCAAAUUCACACCAUGUCACAAAUGUAAACCGGCCCAGUUUCUUUGUUUGUUGGUGGAUCAAGAGGAUGGGAAUCCUCCAGAUGGUGAACCUCCAUCGGAACUGGAGCACCAAUUGGUGGAGGGCUGCGCAGGAGAAACUUGGGAACAUGCCAGCCCAUCUAUUUCCUUUCAUGCUUUGAUGGGGCAUGUAGUUCCCUCCACAUUGAAGCUCGUUGAAUCCAUUAAUGGACAAGAGGUUCUCAUUCUAGUAGACGGCGGGUCUACGAACAAUUUUAUCCAAAAUCGGCUGGCAUCACAAUUGAAGCUGGUGGUGCAACCAUCGGCCCAUACGAGAGUCUCCGUCGGCAACGGCGACGCUCUCACGUGUGGCGGGGAAUGCUCAGUCGUGCCUCUCAAGGUAGGAGAUGCAAUCUUCAUGGUUAAUCUAAUCCUAUUACCCAUUUACGGUGCAGAUCUUGUUUUGGGGGUCGAAUGGUUGUUACAACUGGGCCUGGUCCUCUUUGACUACGAGAAUCUCUGGAUGGAAUUCAAUUUCCAAGGCAGUCAUGUGCGACUUCAAGGUUUGACUCAACCACAAUCUCAGCUGGUCAGGCCUGCAUCUCUUCCAAAAACGGACUCGGAUGGAGCACAAUUUUUUCAGUUAUCAGUUGAAUCCAUUGAACCAGCUAAUCCGGAUCAUGUUCCAUCUAUUGGAUCCGAAGCACCAGUCGUCUUCCUCAAUGGCUUCAACUCUCUUCUUAUUAAUUUCAGUGAAAUUUUUAAAACUCCGACUGGUUUGCCACCGCCACGAGCACAGGAUCACUGCAUCACCCUCACACCCGGAGCACCACCUGUAAAUGUUAAGCCAUACCGGUAUCCAUAUUUUCAGAAAUCAGAAAUUGAGAAGCUCGUCGGGGAAAUGCUGUCUGACGGGAUUAUACGGCCAAGCACAAGCCCCUUCUCCUCGCACGUCCUUUUAGUCAAGAAGAAAGACAGCACUUGGAGGUUUUGUGUGGAUUACCGGGCAUUGAAUGCGGUGACCAUCAAGGAUCGCUUCCCGAUCCCGACUGUGGAGGAAUUGUUAGACGAGGUUGCCGGAUCUCAGAUCUUCUCCAAAUUGGACCUUCGUGCGGGCUAUCACCAGGUCCGAAUUCACCCAAAUGAUGUGGAGAAGACGGCGUUCAGAACGCACGAGGGACAUUAUGAGUUUCUCGUUAUGCCGUUCGGCCUCACAAAUGCACCAUCCACCUUCCAAUCACUCAUGAACAACACUUUCAGUCAGGAUUGGACCUCUCAUUUGACUCAUUUGACUGAGGUGUUUGGGAGACUCCGAGAUCAUCGACUCUUCACUAAACUAUCAAAGUGCGAAUUCGGAUGUACUUCUAUUGGGUAUCUUGGCCAUAUCAUCUCCGGUGAAGGGGUGGCUGUGGAUCCUGAGAAAAUCCAGGCAAUUCGGGAAUGGCCUUUACCAGUUUUGGUGAAAGCUUUGAGGGGAUUCCUAGGCCUCUGCGGCUAUUAUAGACGCUUUGUUGAUCGGUAUGCAGCACUUGCCGCACCAUUGACUGAGCUUCUCCGCAAGAACGCAUUUGUCUGGACACCGGCGACAACUCAAGCUUUUCAAACAUUUAAAGAAGCCAAUGAUGCAAACACCAAUUCUACAAUUGCCUGA